GGAACGAGGGUGAGAAUGAGAGGGGAGGUAAGGAGGGAGCGGAAGGGAGGAGGGGAGGAGGGAGGAAGGGAAGGGGCGAGGCUUGGACCGGUUCCCUCGUCGCAGUCCAGCCGCCGGGGAGAGCGGACGGUCGAAGCCGAACAAACUGUGUCCCGGAGCGGCGCGCAGACCCCGAGGGGGGUGAAAGGGGGAAGACUGGAGAUUCUGCCGGCGGCGGCGCCGGUGGAGAUGUGGCUCAUCCUGUGCCUGCUCCUGGCCCCUCCGGGCUCCGGGUCCACCGUUCUGACCGGAAUCCGGGGCCACUUCCACUCGCCGGGAUACCCGCAGGGGUACCCCGGUGACGUAAACCUGACGUGGGAGAUCCGGCUACCCCCGGGGUACGGGGUCGAGCUGCGCGUCACGCACGUCAACAUCGAGCCGUCGCGGGACUGCGCCGACGAUCAUCUGCAG